CUUCUUCUCCUCCUUGCCAACCAACACCAUCCCCUCUUCAAGGUAAUCAAGAUGGCCUCGUCGAUGGCUCGUCGCUCCUCGCGAGCAGCAUCAGCAGCAUCAGCAAGACCGCGAUCCUCAACAGCACGACUCACCUCGUCGCUGUCCCCGCUCAACAUCCUCUUUGCCAUCCUCGCCCUCUUCGCCUUCGCAUCAACCUUCGCACCCGCUGGCAAUGCUGGCGGCUUUGGUGUCGCAGCUCAGGAGAAGCGAAGCGAGUAUGGAACUGUCAUUGGUAUCGACUUGGGUACAACCUACUCUUGCGUCGGUGUUCAGCGUCAAGGACGAGUAGAGAUCAUCACCAACGACCAAGGAAACCGUAUCACCCCUUCGUAUGUCGCCUUCACCCCCGAAGACGAGCGCUUGAUUGGAGAUGCCGCCAAGAACCAAGCUGCGCAGAACCCCGAGAACACCAUCUUCGAUGCCAAGCGUCUCAUCGGCCGCAAGUGGGGAGACUCUGACGUCAAGAAGGACGCAAAGAGCUUGCCCUUCCAGCUCGUUGAGAAGGCAGGCAAGCCCGCCAUCAAGGUCAACGUCCGUGGCUCUGACCGCGUAUUCACCCCCGAGGAAGUCUCAGCCAUGAUUCUUCAAAAGAUGAAGGAGACCGCCGAGGCUUACCUGGGCCACAAGGUCACCCACGCCGUUGUCACCGUCCCCGCCUACUUCAACGACGCUCAACGUACCGCCACCAAGGAUGCAGGCACCAUCGCCGGUCUCACCGUGCUCCGAAUCGUCAACGAGCCUACGGCCGCCGCCAUCGCCUACGGUCUCGACAAGAAGGGCGAGGCUCAGAUCAUCGUCUACGACCUGGGAGGAGGAACAUUCGAUGUGUCGCUCCUCUCCAUUGAAGACGGUGUCUUCGAGGUCUUGGCCACGGCUGGUGACACUCACUUGGGUGGUGAGGACUUCGACAACCGCGUCUCCGACUACAUGCUCAAGCAGUUCAAGAAGAAGGAGAACCUUGACGCCUCGGUCAACAAGCGCUCCGUCGGCAAGCUGCGUCGUGAAGUCGAGCGAGCCAAGCGCACCCUCUCGAGCCAGAUGUCGACCAAGAUUGAGAUUGAGAACUUCUUCGAGGGCAAGGACCUCGGUGAGACGCUCACCCGUGCCAAGUUCGAAGAGCUCAACGCCGACCUCUUCCGCAAGACGAUGAAGCCCGUCGAGCAGGUCCUCAAGGAUGCCGGCGUCAAGAAGGAGGACAUCGAUGACGUUGUGCUCGUCGGCGGUUCCACCCGUAUCCCCAAGGUUCAGCAGCUCCUCAAGGACUUCUUCGAUGGCAAGGAGCCUUCCAAGGGAAUCAACCCGGACGAAGCCGUCGCAUGGGGAGCCGCCGUCCAGGGUGGUGUCCUUGCCGGCGAGGAGGGAUCAGAGGGUCUCCUCCUCAUCGACGUCAACCCCCUCACUCUCGGUAUCGAGACCACGGGCGGUGUCAUGACCAAGCUCAUCCCCCGCAACACCGUCGUUCCUACCAAGAAGUCGCAAAUCUUCUCUACUGCCGCCGACAACCAGAACACGGUCCUCAUCCAGGUCUACGAGGGCGAGCGCUCCAUGACCAAGGACUGCAACCUGCUCGGCAAGUUCGAGCUGACCAACAUUCCCCCUGCUCCUCGCGGCGUGCCUCAAAUUGAGGUCACCUUCGAGCUCGAUGCCAACGGAAUUAUGAAGGUCAUGGCCGCAGACAAGGGCACGGGCAAGUCCGAGUCCAUCACGAUCACCAACGACAAGGGCCGUCUUAGCCCCGAGGAGAUCGACCGCAUGGUCAAGGAGGCCGAGGAGUUUGCUGAGCAAGACGAGGCCGUUCGCAAGAAGGUCGAAGUCGUCAACCAGUACCAGUCCUUCAUCUCGUCGCUGCAGGCUCAGCUGAGCGACAAGGAGGGACUCGGAGGCAAGCUGGACAAGGACGACAAGGAGACGAUUCGUCAGGCGCUCAAGGACGGUACCACUUGGCUGGAGGACAAUGCCGAGGCGGAAGCGAGUGACAUUGAAGAGCAGCUGAGCGAACUGCAGGCCACCGUUGCGCCCAUCACCGCCAAGGUGUACUCGGGCGGUGACGCUGGUGGUUCGUCGAGCGGCGGCGACGACGAGCCGCUGUACGGUCACCACGACGAGCUCUAAGCGCGUCCAGACAAGUAGCAUCUCAGUGCAGGGUCAAGGGAGCGACAUAUCCCCUCGUCUGCUCUCCUUUGCAUCUCUUCUUCUCUAUCCUCACUUCCUUACACGCCGGUGCUUUCAGAAGCUCAAAAUGAAAGAUUGAAAUUGCUCUAAUCUAGCUCGAGUAUGCGACUGCUUUC